UCUUCUUUCUUUCUUUUCAGAUUUGAUCCAGGACUGGGCGAGCGACAGCGCCCCAGACAUCUACUCCUUUGUGCCGUACUCCUGGAAGUUCAAGGUGCUUUUCCACCAGUUUGAGAUGAUCUGGGCGGCAAACCAGCACAACUGGGUGGACUGUUCCACCAAGCAGCAGGAGAAUGUGUACCUAGCAGCGUGUGGCGAGACGCUCAAUAUAGACUUCACUUUGGCUUUCAACGAGUUUGUUCCUACCACCUGCAACACCCGCUUCAGCUUACAGGCCGAGGAUACAGACAUGCGGCUGUCCCUGCCAGAGUGCCAUCCGAGCCGCUGCCCCCUCCUCACCCUGGCCAAAGACUACCAGAACGUUAAGCUGCCCCCAGACAUGUUCAUGCCGGGGGAACACCACAGCGCCCCCCCUCCCAAACCCAGCAAGUCCCGCUGGAGGAACAUCACCCACGCAGAAGCCGGCUGGGUGGAUUGUUGGAGUGUACCCAACUUCCUGCUCAUCAUCGACUACACAUGGCACCCCAUUUAUCCCCAGAAGGCUGACGAGCAACUCAAACAGUCCUUGUCUGAGAUGGAGGAGUCCAUGCUGUCAGCCCUGCGUCCCCCAGAGCACACCUCGGUGCACCACAACGCGUCUCCCCGCUUCACCUCCAAGUCUGCCUCCGCCGCCCACAGCAGGAUGCCCGCGGAACCCUCGGAGCUCCCCCCCGACAGACUUCACGUAGAGAUGGAAAUGUCCCCAGAUUCUCGAAUCAUCCUCUACGGGCCUUUGCUCCGGGCACUGAUCUCCAUCAAGGAAAACUAUUUUGGUGAGGACGACAUGUACACAGACUUUGAGGAGGCCGUUUCCAGCCCUGUGCUGUCCACCUCCACCUCCUCGGGCCUCGGUUGGUCUCCCCUGGGAAUGGAGGACAGCGAGCAGAAGGAAAACUCAAACAUCCAUCCCUUAGACCUGCGCCCCUGGGACAUCACUGUGCUCAUCAACCUCUACAAAGUCCACGGCCGACUGCCAAUGCACUGCAGCAGCGAGGGUCCCGAAGGUCCAUCUGGCUUCUUGGAGCGGCUGUGUUUUGAGAUGAAGAAGGGUUAUAAGGAGACGAUGCUUCAGCUGCUCCUGUCUCCCAUUCACAUCUUCGUCAGUGACAACUACCAG